GCUGCGAAUGGCCGCUGAAAAAAGAGUGUUCCUAGAUAUUUCAGUCGAUGAGAAUCUGAUUGGAAGAAUUGAAAUACGACUUUUUGUCGAAGAUGCACCUAAAACAUGUGAAAACUUUCGAGCAUUGUGCACAGGAGAAGUCGGAAUGACUCCAAAUAAUAAAGCACGGCUUCAUUACAAACAAAACGAAUUUCAUAGAAUUGUAAAGAAGUUUAUGAUCCAGGGAGGAGACAUCACAGAAGGAGAUGGUAGAGGAGGAUUCUCGAUCUACGGACGAUACUUUGACGAUGAAAAGUUCAAAUUAAAGCACUCAAGGCCCUAUUUGUUGUCAAUGGCCAAUAAAGGACCAAAUUCAAAUUCUUCUCAAUUUUUCAUCACAACGGCUGCAGCUCCACAUUGCAAUGGAAAACAUGUUGUUUUUGGAGAGGUUGUCAAAGGACAAAACGUUGUAGAUUACAUCGACAAUCUUGCGGUUGAUGAUAAAUCGAAACCACUCGCAAAAGUUUUGAUCUCCAAUUGUGGAGAACUCGUGAAAAAGAAGAAACCAUUGAAGACAGAUGAAGAGCUCGCCGCUGCUCUCGAAGAGAAAAAUAAUAACGCAAGGGACAAUGAGAUCCCGAAAUGCCCGAAAUCUUGGCUCUAUCGUGAUGAUGACAAUGAGAAGAAGCAUGAAAUGAGAAAUGAUAAGAGAAGAGAGUAUCGAUCGAGAAGAUCAAGAUCUAGAUCUCAUGAGAAGAAUCGCGACUAUAAGAAAGAAAAUCGAGGAGAUUCUUCGCGAAGCCAACCUCGCAGAGAUGAAAACGGAAUUACUGUACGUGGGCGUGGAGGAGUACGCUUCCGACGCGAAAGAUCUGCGACUCCGGAGCACUGGAGAAGAAAUGCGCCGACGAAAUGGGUUCACGACAGCCACAAACAUCCAGAAGAAGAUCUCGUUUAAAUCUUUUUUUUAAAAUUAAUUUAAUUAAUUCGUUGUUUUUAUUUCCAGCUCGGUGCAAUACAAAUUUUUUAGUUU